AUGCCUAUUGACCGAGAAUCUCAAGAAGCGCAAUGUUUCAUGUGGCUCGGCUGCUCGUGGCGUGAGACUGAAUCGAACAGAAUAGAGACCAACAGAAUAGAGACUCGAUCCGACGUUACGGAAGAGAAAGAGCCUCUAGGUUCAGCACGUGUCGGACGAAUCUGCUGUGUCGGCUAUAAGCUGGGAGACGUCAACCUAUUUCAUGGCAUUCCCUUUCUAUCGCGGGAAGGCCAACAGUGGAUUGGCCUCAGAACUGAUGAAACUGAUGAUUCCUUGUACGAUGGUGAGGUGCACGGUCCGCUGUGGCAGAAUCAACAACAAGCGUGGCCCAGCUUGUUAUUUCGUGAGAACAUGGCACCCUGGAAGACGAGAAAAUUACCAUCGCGCGGUUUAGUGGAGAAAUACCUCAGCUUCUAUAACAAUUCGCCAUUCUCAGAGGUUUUUCCGAUCGCUGACAAAGUGUUGUUCCCAGAAGUCAUUGAAAAUGCCUACAGAGGCGAUCUCUCAACCUUGCCAGGAAACUUUCAAGCCAAAGCAUGUGUCUUUGCCUUUCUAGCAUUUACAUCGAUGAUCGGCUUUCCAAGCGGCGCUGAACUCCCGCCAGUCGAUUUUGAAAGUUGUUUAAAUGCCACACACUUGCUCAUGCCCGAUAUCCUUAAUGCAAGCCCUAGCACUGAAGUUGUCGAUGCGCUUAUGAUGCUUGCAGUUUAUCAAUUCGGUUGUGGAAAUAUUCAAACCACCGAUAUCAUAUUAUCUCUUGCAAUAAGAUUUUUAUUCAUGUUGAAGGCACAUUUAUACCCUGGAGAGGUCAUUGACGGGCUUCCGUCGGAGUCAAUGAACACCGAACAUCGGACCAUACUGCACAGGCGCGAAUUAUUCUGGAUCGGUUAUAUACUUGACAAGGAAAUCACGUUCCGCACAGGCCGGCCGCCCAUUGUCAAUGACAUAUCUUGUGAUCUUACGCUUCCGAGAUAUUAUUGGAGCCAAGUCAGCAUUGAAUUUACUGGUCACCCUCGUCUACCAGGUGACUUGCGCUUGAGCCUCAUCAAAUCGAAAGCCUACGAAAAGCUUUAG